AUGGCCCGUAAACAGCUUCAAAGCAAAUAUUCUCAAAGUUUAUCGGCUUCGCUGCAACACUCUCUUCCACAGGAUCAAUGUCUCAAGAACAAAAUCACAUCGAAAAUUCAGAUUGCAUCUUCCCAGAGCGUCAAUCCACUGCCAGAAAUCCACAAUGAUCCAGUAGAGAAACUCUUCGAAGAUCAACUUAACAAUUCUAAUGAUCUGAGAGGAGGCGCAGGCCUAGGAAAGGCAUCCUGCAUGGCGGAACCUGAUGGAAAGAACGCGACACAAACUCGAAAAAAAAUAUGUGCCGUAUACGGGGAAGAUGCCGUAAGUGAUCGCAUGUGUCAGAAGUGGUUUGCUAAAUUUCGUUCAGGAGAAAUGAAUAUUAAAGAUGCUCCUCGCUCUGGUCGGCCAGUCACCACUGAUGUCGACCAAAUAACAGCUUUAAUCGAUUCCGAGCGGCAGAUCACAGUUCGGGAAAUCGCAGCGAGGUUAAACAUUGGCAAAUCAACUGUUUCCGAACAUUUAAACAAGCUCCAGAUGGUAAAAAAGCUUGAUGUUUGGGUGCCGCACGACUUAAUUGAGAAAAAUCGUAUUGACCGCAUUUUCAUCAGCGAUUUGCUAUACAAACGCAAUGAAUACGAUUCAUUUUUAAAACGCAUCAUAACAGGCGACGAAAAGUGGAUAAUUUAUAAUAAUGUCGAGCGUAAAAGGUCGUGGAGCAAGCGAGGUGAACCGCCAUUAACCACUUCGAAGGCAGGCUUACAUCCGAAAAAGGUAAUGCUCUGCAUUUGGUGGAAUUGGAAGGGGAUAGUAUAUUAUGAGCUACUACCGGACAACGAAACCAUCGAUUCGGACAAGUACUGUUCACAGUUGGAUAAAUUGAAGAUAGAAAUCGCCAAAAAGUGUCCGGAAUUGAUCAAUAGGAAAGGCGUCGUUUUUCAUCAUGAUAACGCCAGACCUCAUGCAAGUUUGCAGACUCGCCAAAAAUUAUUGGCGUUUGGCUGGGAUGUUUUGCCUCAUCCACCGUAUUCCCCCGACAUUGCACCCUCGGAUUUUCAUUUAUUUCGGUCGCUACAAAACUCAAUUAAUGGUUUGAACUUUGCUUCUUUGCAACUCCUCAAAAACUACUUGGACAGCUUCUUCGCCGAAAAAACCCAAGACUUCUAUGAGAGAGGAAUUAUGAAAUUACCUGAAAGAUGGAAAAGUAUUGUGCAAAAUAAUGGUGCAUAUAUCACAGAAUGA